AUGGGAGAGAGGUUAUGCUUGGCAGUAGGAGUCAUGGGGAAUGUUGCUUCUUUGUUACUCUAUACGGCUCCCAUAUUAACUUUUUCAAGAGUCAUAAGGAAGAAAAGCAUGGAGGGGUAUUCUUGUGUUCCUUAUGUUAUUGCACUAUUAAACUGCCUCCUCUAUACUUGGUAUGGAUUGCCAGUUGUAAGCAAUAUGUGGGAAAACUUUCUUGUAAUUUCCAUCAAUGGUCUAGGGAUCCUUCUCGAAAUCUCCUUCAUAGUCAUAUACUUAUGGUUCACUUUAGGAGGAAAGAUGAAGGUAGCUAUGAUAGUGACACUUGUUAUCGUAAUCUUUUGCACCACUUCAAUCAUUUCAGUUUUUUCUUUCCAUGACCACCAUCAUCGAAAGCUAUUUGUUGGGAGCAUAGGACUAGUAGCCUCUGUAGCAAUGUACGGUUCUCCAUUGGUUGUAGUGAAGCAAGUCAUACUUACAAGGAGCGUUGAGUUCAUGCCGUUCUACUUAUCUUUUUUCUCAUUACUUGCUAGUUCACUUUGGAUGGCUUAUGGACUACUGAGUCAUGAUCUGUUUCUUGCGGUCCCAAAUAUGGUUGGUAGUCCUUUAAGUAUCCUUCAACUCAUGCUCUACUGCAAGUACAGGAAACAAGGAAUUAUGGAAAAACCAAACAAAUGGGAUUUGGAAAAGAAUGAUGAGAGAUCCAAACAACUUCAGCUUACAAUUGAUGAGAGGUUGCAUGGAAACAUAUAG